AUGCAGAGUAAGCUGAACAACCUGGCCGAACGUUCCUCAACGGCGGGUCUCACCAUCAACGUCAACAGGACCGAAUCGUUGGAUGUAAACACAAACAAUCCCUCCAACUUAACGGUAGCCGGGCAAGCAGUUGAGAAGAUCGAAAACUUUAAAUAUCUUGGCAGCCAGUUAGCGUCGGAUGGAGGAACCAAGAUCGACAUAGAAGACGGGCUGCUUCUGCGAAGCGAAAUGGCAAACCACAACGGUAAUAAACCCAUUUGUUCGCGAGAUCUAUCAAACAUUAGGGUGAACCGAAUCUACAUCGAUGCAUCAUACGGAUGUGCGGGCUGCGAUCGCCCUGACUCUGCCGACAACAUCGUACAAUGCGACAAAUGUUCUGGCUGGUGGCAUUUCUCCUGCGCCAGUGUUAAUGCCUCCAUAGCUGAUCGAUCCAUUUGGAUAUGUGAGAAGUGUUUGACUCCUCCACAACCACCACGGUCUGUCUCCAACCUUACGACGUCUUCUAAUCGUAGAGCCGUGUUAGCAAUCAACCUACAACGUCUAGCAGAAGAACAGGAAUUGCGAAAAAAGGAAUUGGAAAUCACGAUGGAAAAAGAGUUUGUAAAGGCAAAGUACGAUCUUCUCGAACAGUGUGCGUUAGACGAGGAGAAUGAUGCUCGCAGCGUACGCAGUCGUAUCCAGGAGAUCGAAGCACGAGAUCGAGACAAGGACGUCAACGUCUGGGUGGGUCAAGUAGCAGCGUCGCUCCCAGAGAACAAAUCGCUCACUGACCCGAAGACCCCUUCUUUUCCCGUGAGCGUAAAUAGGAGAGUGAAUACAGCCGAUCGUUUCUCAGAGAAAGGGGAAAAAGGUGCAUGUAUGGUCAAAACAAAUACUGAGGCCGGUCAGUCUAUGUCUACGCCAAUUUCUCUUGACCGCAACGACGACGUCAUUGAUUGCAAAGCGAGUAGAAUGAAGGAUGGCGAUGUAAACAAAAAUUUGUCCAAGCGAGUGGCAGUAGUAAAACGGGAUCUGAAAAGAAGUGAAGAAAAGCAUGAUGAAGUCAACGAGGAUUUUGCACUACUGAGGUCGGAAUUGCAAAAGUGCCAAGAAAGUACAAAGAUUGAUCGCCAAACCAUGCAGGAGCUUCGAGACCAACUGAAGAGGUGUCAACUUCAACUACAGCAGCGUAAUGCAGAACCACUAGCGCCGAAUGGACAGUCACUAUGGCCAUUGAGAGACGUGUCAAAAGGAGCUGUACCCAAAAGUAAAUUGCCAACCACAGCGGCCCCUUUGUUUCCGCCCAGUGUAAAUCUUGCUAGGGAGCCAGAUACCGAUUGCAUUUUGGAUAGACGUGGAUUCAAUUUGUUGAGUAGUCAGGGCCCUCAUGAGCAGAUGCGUAACAACUUCGCACGCUUGAAUGAGAUAGGUCCUAGCAAUAAUCAGCAAACCAUACGAGACGCUGGCCGUAACCAAGAAGUGGACAUUCUGUUCCAAGAAGUUCGUCGGCCAUCACCAGAGCAACUUGCAGCGAGGCAGGUAAUGCCCAGGGAUCUACCCGACUUCCACGGUGACCCGGAAGAGUGGCCACUUUUUAUAAGUAGUCUACGUAACACCACGUCCGCUUGUGGAUACAGCAGAGUAGAAAACCUUGCCCGAUUGCAAAGGUCCUUGAAAGGAAAUGCACUCAAAUCAGUGCGCUAUAAUCUGUUAGAUCCAGAUUCAGUACCGGAAGUGAUUCGGACGCUUCAAACGCUCUAUGGACGUCCGGAAGUCAUCAUAAGUAGGCUGAUCAAAACCGUUCGUGAGGCUCCAGCCCCAAAAUCAGAGCGGUUAGAAACUCUCAUCGAUUUCGGAAUGGCGGUCAGGAACUUGGUAAGCCAUCUUAUUGCGGCUGACCAGCGGAGUCAUCUCGCCAAUCCAGUCCUUUUACAAGAACUGGUGGAAAAACUGCCAGCUAAUGUAAAGAUGCAGUGGGCUCAACACUUGGUUGAAUUUCCUGAUAUGACGCUGCAAACUUUUAGCAGCUUUAUGUCUUCAGUGGUCGAAUCAGUAAGCAAGGUGGUAUUGUACAGCAGUAGCCAAGGUUCUAGGAUGGACAAAAUGAAACCAAGAGACAAAGGAUACGUGCAUUCACAUGUAGAAACUGUAGAUACCCUACCCCAGAAUAAGCACAAAACUGAAGCUUUUAAAUCCUGCAUUGUAUGUGGAAAAGGUAGCCAUCGGGUCAAAGAUUGCUUCACGUUCAAAAACGGUAACGCUGACAGUCGGUGGAAGACUGUUACUGCUUUGAAUCUCUGCCGCUGCUGCUUGGGACAACAUGGACGGAGAUCUUGUAGAAGUUCAAUGCGGUGCGAAAUCGACGGGUGUCAGCUUCGGCACCAUCCACUGCUGCACUCAGCAACAAAGUCGGCCACUAACAGGAUAGAAGGCCACAACUAUCACCACUGUGGACAAUCUGUACUUUUCCGAAUACUUCCAGUGACCAUAUCCGGCCCAUCAAAAUCUAUCGAUACUUUCGCCUUUCUGGACGAGGGUUCAUCGGCUACUUUGGUGGAGCAAAGCUUAGCGGACCAGCUGAAUCUACACGGUCCAAUGGUCCCUCUCUGCUUGAAAUGGACCGCUGAUAUGUAUCGCUCCGAAGAAAACUCACAAAUGGUCUCGGUACAAAUAUCGGCGUUAGGAAAUAGGAAGAAAUACUGCUUGAAGAAUGCUAGAACCGUAGAGCGUCUGAAUCUGCCCUCUCAAACACUCUGUUUUGAAGAACUUCAGGAGAAAUACCAACACCUAAGCGGCUUACCGAUCCGUAGCUACCAGAAGGCUGUUCCGCGAUUACUGAUUGGACUGCGUAAUCUAUCACUGGCAGUGCCACAAAGGAUCAAAGAAGGAAAGCAAGGCCCAAUAGCAGUGAAAACACGCGUUGGUUGGUGCGUAUAUGGGAGUAUGUCGGAAGAUCCAGAAAUAAAUCAUUUCAACUACCAUAUUUGCGAAUGCGAUAACGGAGAAAAAUUGGACAGUAUGAUUCGCGAAUAUUUUAACGCAGAAGAAGCCGGACUACAGAAGAUGCAAACGUUAGAAACAGAUGACGUAAGAAGGGCUCGAUGUAUUCUGGAAAAAACCACUCGUAGGGAAGGUAACCACUUCGCAACAGGGCUGUUGUGGAAACACAAUGAAAUUGACCUUCCUAACAGCUUUCCAAUGGCUUUACAGCGGUUGAAGUGUUUAGAGAGACGCAUGUCUCGUGACCCUGUGCUCAAAGAAAACCUGCACAGACAACUGCAGGAAUAUCAGAACAAGCAUUACGCACACCCUGCCACGGAAGCGGAGCUUAACGAAGCAGAUCCCAGACGAAUAUGGUAUCUUCCAUUAGGCGCUGUUGUCAAUCCAAAAAAACCAAAGAAGGUUCGACUAAUUUGGGACGCAGCAGCCAAAGUUAAUGGAGUAUCCCUAAAUACGUUUCUUCUCCCAGGACCCGACCUGCUUGUAUCGCUACCCUCCGUUCUAUUUCGAUUCCGUCAAUACCCGGUGGCAACCUGCGGUGACAUUAAAGAAAUGUUUCACCAAAUCAAAGUCACCACAGCAGACCGUCAUUCUCAGCGAUUUCUUUGGCGAGCAACAGAGGAAGAACCCCCAAGAAUCUUCCUGAUGGAUGUAUUGACCUUCGGUUCAACCAGUUCCCCUUCAUCCGCGCAAUUUGUUAAAAACAAAAAUGCGAAGGAGCAUGAAAUCCAGUUUCCUAGAGCGGCUGAGGGAAUCAUGAAGUCCACCUACGUUGACGAUUAUCUCGAUAGUUUUGAGAACGUAGAAGAAGCUAAACUAGUCGCCGAUCAAGUUCGCCGUGUAUACGCAAACGGCGGAUUCGAGAUACGAAAUUGGUCCAGUAACGAGGUAAAGGUUUUGGAAUAUCUGGGUGAAUGUCCGAAAGUUUCUACAAAAGAUUUGAUGGCCACUGGGGAUGAAGAAUCUGAAAGAGUGCUCGGUAUGCUCUGGCUAACAGAAACGGAUAUGCUUAGCUUUUCUACGAUGUUUAGGACAGACAUAGAAGAACUCAUACGAUCGAAAACCAGACCAACUAAAAGGCAGCUACUGAAGACCGUGAUGAGCUUGUUCGACCCACUUGGACUCCUUGCAUCGUUCUUAGUUCACGGCAAAAUUAUUAUGCAGCAGGUAUGGCGUGCCGGAACAAAGUGGGAUGAAUACGUGGAUGAUCGGAUAGAGCAACAAUGGCAGAAAUGGAUCGCGUUGUUCAACCGUAUAAGUGAAAUACAGAUACCUCGCUGCUAUUUCCAGGCAGCUAGCAAUGAGCAAUACGGAACACUGCAAACACAUUUGUUCGUCGACGCCAGCGAGGCGGCCUAUUCCGCCGUGGUAUACUUCAGGAUCAUCGAUAUGGAAGGCAACCCGCGAUGUUCUCUCGUGACAGCAAAAACCAAGGUAGCUCCACUGAAAUAUGUGUCUAUUCCACGCUUGGAGCUGAUGGCGGCCGUUUUGGGAGCUCGCUUGCUACUGUUCGUGGAAGAAAAUCACACAAUACCAAUUAAACAACGGUUCUGUUGGUCUGACUCCAACACUGUUUUGGCCUGGCUUCGUUCCGAACAUCGCCGUUAUAAACAAUUUGUUGCAUGUCGCGUAGGAGAGGUGUUGGAGCUAACAAAAGAGAACGAAUGGAGGUGGGUUCCCAGCAAAUUGAAUGUCGCAGAUGAGGCUACCAAAUGGGGCAAAGGACCAUGCUUCGACGUCGGAAGUCGUUGGGUACAAGGACCGGAGUUUUUGAGUAAGCCACAGGAGCUGUGGCCGAGAACUAUAACCCCAACCAUCUCGACAGAAGAGGAAUUACGACCAUGUCACUUGUUUCACGAUGUGAUAACACCACUAUUCGAUUUCGAACGUUUUUCCAAUUGGAGCAGAUUGCUGAGAACGGUAGCAUUCGUUUUUCAUCCUUUCACGGUUUACAAAGCCAAUAAAGCAAGUUACAAGGUGGGAAAAGAACCAACUCACGAAGAUUUAAGAGCAGCAGAAAUUCAAAUCUGGAAGACGGUGCAGUGGACCGCCUACUCGGAUGAAAUAAGUAUCCUAACUGAAAAUAAGCAUCGGUCGGAAAUACAGCGCAGUGCACUCGAUAAGUCAAGUCCUAUCUAUAAGCUUACGCCCAUGCUUGAUGAUGUCGGAGUUCUACGUAUAGAUAGCCGCACGGGAGCGGCACGUGUGGAUGCAUUUGACCUCAAAUAUCCUGUCAUACUUCCCCGAAAGCAUCAUGUAACCUAUUUAAUCGUGGAUUACUAUCACAGGAAAUAUCUCCACGGCAACGCCGAGACUAUCGUCAAUGAACUCCGCCAGAAAUAUUACAUUCCACGGAUUCGCGUUACGGUGCGGACGGUGACAAGACUGUGUCAAUGGUGCAAGGUAUACAAGUCGCAACCAGCUGUGCCAAGAAUGGCUCCACUACCUGAAGCUCGAUUAUCACCUGGAGUACGGCCUUUCAGUUACAUCGGGAUCGACUACUUCGGACCGACACUAGUGAAAGUAGGUCGGUCUAAUGCUAAAAGAUGGAUAUGCCUCAUAACUUGUUUAACGGUCCGAGCUGUACAUGUUGAAGUCGCUUAUGACUUAUCCACUCAGUCUUGCAUAGCAUGCAUCCGCAGAUUUAUAUGCAGGAGAGGAGCACCGUUGGAGAUUUACUCCGACAAUGGGCGAAACUUCGUAGGAGCCAAUGGAAUUCUUCAAGAGCAAAUGCAGCGCAUCAAUAAAGAAGCUGCAGCAACAUUUACAAAUACGGAGACGAAGUGGUUCUUCAUACCUCCAUCCGCUCCUCAUAUGGGGGGCUCAUGGGAGCGUCUGGUACGCUCAGUCAAAACAGCAUUGAUGAGUAUACCACAGGACCGAAAAUUCGACGAUGAAGCUUUGCUCACACACCUGGUGGAAGCAGAGUCAAUAGUUAAUUCCCGACCUCUAACAUACUUGCCACUCGAUUCACCGGAACAAGAGGCGCUAACCCCCAACCACUUUAUUUUGGGCAGCUCGAGCGGUGUCAAACAACCUCCCGUAGAUUUGGGAUGUCCAAGCCGAGAGCUUCGCAACACCUGGGUACUUGUGCAAGAAAACUUGAACUAUUUCUGGAAGCGUUGGAUACGGGAAUAUCUUCCUACACUUACAAGACGGACCAAAUGGUUUGGUGAAGUCAAACCCAUAAAUUCGGGUGACUUAGUAGUCAUCAUUGAGGACAACAAACGCAACGGAUGGACGCGUGGACGAAUUGUGGACGUGAUGAAAGGAAAGGAUGGUAGAGUUCGUCAAGCUGUAGUACAAACGACGAGAGGAUUAUUUAAGAGACCUGUGUCUAGGCUGGCAGUACUGGACGUCGCAGGAACCUGUAAGGCUCAGCAUAGUACCAAUCCUUACGGGGAGGGGAAUGUUGGCGACGCAGCACAUUCGGCAACCCUGCCAACUACUGCCAACUGUUAA